AUAUUUAUAUGUGAGGCCUUAAUUAGAAGAUAUAUGAAGAUUGCAAGGCAAAGAAAGUAGUGAAGAAAGUAUGGCUUCUAAACCAGGAGUUCUCACCAACUGGCCAUGGACGCCUCUAGGAAGCUUUAAGUACCUGAUCCUGGCUCCUUGGGCUAUUAAUGGUACAUACUUAUUUGUAAGCAUGGAGAAGAGCGAAAGGGACCUUUCCUACUUCCUCAUAUUCCCUUUUCUACUAUGGAGGAUGCUUCACAACCAGAUAUGGAUUAGCCUCUCUCGUUACUGGACUGCUAAACCUGGCAACCGCUCCAUCGUCGACAAGGGCCUCGAAUUCGAUCAAAUCGACAGAGAAAGCAAUUGGGAUGAUCAAAUAUUAUUCAAUGGAAUACUACUGUACCUAGCGUAUAAAAGCAAGACAUUAGAUCCCUCACGCUUGCCUGUGUGGAGGACAGAUGGAGUAAUAUUGACAAUUCUUAUGCAUGCUGGUCCCGUUGAGUUUCUGUACUACUGGCUUCACAGAGCACUCCACCACCAUUUCCUUUACUCUCGCUACCAUUCUCAUCACCAUUCUUCCAUUGUCACCCAGCCUAUUACUUCUGUCAUUCAUCCGUUUGCCGAACACAUAGUGUACUACAUGCUGUUUGCAAUACCAAUGGCGUCGGCAUUGAUCAGCAGGACUGCGUCAAUAGCAUCCAUCGCAGGUUAUAUCACGUAUAUUGAUUUCAUGAACAACCUGGGUCACUGCAACUUCGAACUCAUUCCUAAGUCUCUCUUCUCCCUCUUUCCCCCGCUCAAGUUCCUCAUGUACACCCCUUCGUUUCACUCCCUGCAUCAUACACAGUUCCGCACAAAUUACUCGCUUUUCAUGCCAUUCUACGAUUACCUCUAUGGAACCAUGGACAAGUCCUCCGACACACUAUACGAAACUUCACUGAAAAGGGAAGCAAAGUCGCCGGAAGUAGUGCAUCUAAUGCAUCUAACCACGCCGGAGUCCAUCUAUCAUCUCCGCCUGGGGUUUGCCUCAUUUGCCUCGAGGCCUUUCACCUCAAAGUGGUACCUGUGGUUGAUUUGGCCGGUGACAUGGUGGUCCAUGAUGUUAACUUGGUUAUAUGGCCGCACCUUCGUAGUCGAGAGGCACCGUUUUGAUAAACUCAGUCUACAGACUUGGGUUAUACCAAAAUACAGUCUGCAAUACUUUCUGGAAUGGCAAAAGGAGUCUAUCAAUAACUUAAUUGAGGAAGCCAUAUUGGAAGCAGAGGAAAAAGGUGCUAAAGUUUUAAGCCUAGGUCUCUUGAAUCAGGGAGAGGGGCUGAAUAGAUAUGGUGAGGUUUACAUUAAGAAGCACCCUCAGCUAAACGUCAAGGUGGUGGAUGGGAGUAGCCUGGCAGUUGCUGUUGUGCUAAACAGCAUUCCCAAAGGAACAACCGAAGUGGUUCUUAGAGGCAAACUCACCAAGGUUGCUUAUACCCUGGCCUUUACUUUAUGCCAGAAGGGUAUCCGGGUAGUUACAUUACGUGAAGAUGAGUAUCUGAAGCUCAAAAAAUCGUUCAACACCAAGUUUGAAAGUAAUUUGGUCUUUUCAAAAAGUUAUGCUGAUCAUGAUCAUCAGAUGACUUGGAUAGUGGGAGAUGGAUUGGACGAAGAAGAACAGCUGAAGGCGUCGAAAGGAACAUUAUUUAUUCCCUUCUCACAAUUCCCACCAAAACAAUUGCGCAAAGACUGUUCCUACCACAGCACACCAGCGAUGGUGACUCCAAGAUCUCUAGAGAAUUUGCACUCUUGCGAGAAUUGGCUGCCAAGAAGGGUGAUGAGUGCAUGGCGUGUAGCUGCUAUUGUGCACGCAUUAGAAGGAUGGAAUGAGCAUGAGUGCGGUAACAAAGUUUGCAACAUUGAGAAAGUUUGGGAAGCAAGUCUUCGACAUGGAUUUCAACCUUUGAUAUUCCAAACUCAAUCCAAUAAGCAGUAGUACUACUAGUUUACUAAAAAGUUUACAUAUAUCUAUGAAGCUAGACCAUGAUACAUUAAUGGGGUACAGUACAAUAUAUUGGACAGGAUGUCAUGAAUCUUUAAUUUGAUAUUGUUCCCGGCCGGGGCCGUC